GGCUCUGUGGGCGGGGAUGGAUGGGUGGAGGGGAAGAAAAAAAGCGACGACGCUCGUUUCCCGCCCCGUUACUCGCCUGGCCUGAGGGGAAACUUCUGAGGUGGCAGCGCUAAUAAAGGGGGGGCAAUGGCGGGUGCGCUGGGCGGCCGGCCAGGACUUUGCCCCCCAGGCGGCCUCGAGCAGCUAGAGUUGGGGCGGCUGCGGGACCCCUUGGGGAGCAGCAGUACCGGCGACGGCUCUUCUUGCUCGCCGUCGCCGCCUCUUUCCUCUUGCUCGAGACAGGCCUGGAGCCGGGACAAUCCAGGCUUUGAGCCUGAGGAGGAACAAGCGGCCAGGGCGACAGCGGCGGCGGGAACUGCGGUGGCGGCGGGGCCGGUGCUACAAAUGGACAUAGAGUGGGGCCGCGGCGGGGCCGCUCCGCCUACCACCGGAGGGCCCAGCGCCCGAAGCGGAGGCGCCGAGAGCGGGAGGCAGCGGCGGCGCAGGCGGCAGGGAGAGAAGGCAGAAGAGGAGGACGGAGGGGAAGGGGACUGUCCCUCUUCCGCGGGCGGAGGAGGGGGAGACGUUGUGGCCUCGCAUUUCCCUCACGAGGCGGACGAGGAGACCGCUGAGCCCCCGCCUCGCCGCCUCGCCUGGGCCAAGGGGCUGGCGCAUAGCCUGCGAGGUCUGUGGGGUACUACACUAAUGGAAGAAACCACAACCAGAGAGAGAUACCUGAAAAGUGUUUUACGAGAACUAAUCACAUACUUGAUUUUUCUCCUGGUCCUAUCUUUCUUGUCUUAUGGAAUGGUGAGUUCGAAUAUGUAUUACUACACAAGGGUGAUGUCGCAGCUCUUUCUAGACACGCCAAUAUCAAAAAUGGAGAAGACCAACUUCAAAACUUUGUCUACAAUGGAAGACUUCUGGAAGUUCUCUGAGGGUCCUUUGCUAGAUGGACUAUACUGGGAGAUGUGGUACAACAACAAAACGGUGGCAGAGAACAGGAGUUUUAUCUACCAUGAGAACUUGCUUUUGGGAGUGCCUCGUAUCCGUCAGCUAAAAGUGAGAAACGGCACGUGUUCAAUCCCCGAAGAUUUAAAAGAUGAAAUUAAAGACUGUUACGACGUUUACUCUGUGGGUAAUGAGGACACUGCACCAUUUGGACCCCUCAAUGGAACUGCUUGGACUUACACCAGUGAAAAAGAUCUGAAUGGAAGCAGCCAUUGGGGGCUAAUUGCAACAUACGGUGGAGCUGGCUAUUACCAGGAUCUGUCCAGAAGCAGAGAGGAGACAUCUACAUUGAUUGCUGGCCUCAAGAACAACUUGUGGCUUGAUAGGGGCACAAGGGCAACAUUUAUUGAUUUUUCAGUGUACAACGCAAACAUCAAUCUCUUCUGCAUUGUCAGGUUAUUGGUGGAGUUCCCACCAACAGGAGGCCUUCUUACAUCUUGGCAAUUCCAGCCAGUGAAAUUGAUCCACUACCUUUCCACUUUUGACUUCUUUCUGGCUGCCUGUGAAAUUGUUUUUUGCCUCUUUAUUCUUUAUUAUGUGGUAGAAGAAAUCCUGGAAAUUCACAUUCACAGACUAUUUUAUUUCAAGAGUCUUUGGAAUUGUCUUGAUGUUCUCAUUAUUGUGCUAUCAUUGGCAGCUAUAGGAAUUAACAUAUAUCGAACAUCUACUGUGGAUAGAUUACUGAAGGAGUUGCUGGAAAAUCAAAACUGCUUCCCAAAUUUUGAGCCUUUAGCAUACUGGCAAACACAGUUCAACAAUAUUGCAGCUGUCACCAUGUUUUUCGUCUGGAUGAAGCUCUUUAAAUUUAUCAGCUUCAACCGAACAAUGAGCCAGUUAUCUACUACGAUGUCACGAUGUGCCAAAGAUGUUCUUGGGUUUGCCAUUAUGUUUUUCAUCAUAUUCAUAGCCUAUGCUCAGCUAGCUUACCUUGUGUUUGGUACACAGGUGGAUGAUUUCAGCACCUUCCAGGACAGUGUUUUUACUCAGUUCUGCAUCCUGUUGGGAGAUUUUGAUUUUACAGAGAUUGAAGAAGCUAACAGAGUUUUGGGACCAGUUUAUUUCACUACAUUUGUGUUCUUUAUGUUCUUCAUUCUUUUGAACAUGUUUUUGGCCAUCAUCAAUGAUACGUACUCAGAAGUCAAAUCGGAUAUGGCACAGCAGAAGUCUGAAAUGGAACUGUCAGAUCUUAUAAGAAAGGGUUACACUAAAGCCAUGGUGAAAUUAAAGUUGAAAAAAACACCAGUUGAUGACAUUUCAGAGAGUCUACGACAAAGCGGAGGUAAAUUAAACUUUGACGAACUGCGACAAGACCUGAAAGGAAAGGGACACACUGAUGCUGAGAUUGAAGCCAUCUUUACCAAGUAUGACCAAGAUGGGGAUCAGGAAUUGACUGAGUUGGAGCACCAGCAAAUGAGAGAUGAUUUGGAGAAAGAGAGGGAGGACUUAGAGCUAGACCGAAGUUCUCUGAGCCGUCCAUUGAGUGGCCGUAGCUUCCCACGAAGCCUAGAUGAUUCUGAAGAGGACGACGAUGACGACAGUGGGCACAGCUCCAGGAGGAGAGGCAGCAGCUCCAGUGGAGUUUCGUAUGAAGAGUUUCAAGUGUUGGUGCGGCGAGUGGAUCGCAUGGAGCAUUCCAUAGGGAGCAUUGUUUCUAAGAUUGAUGCUGUCAUUGUGAAGCUGGAAGCCAUGGAGAGAGCAAAACUGAAAAGGAAAGAAGUGCUGGGGAGGCUCCUUGAUGGAGUCACAGAGGAUGAAAGGUUGGGCCGUGAUAACGAAAUCCACAGGGAUCAGAUGGAGAGACUCGUACGAGAAGAACUGGAACGCUGGGAAUCGGAUGACACAGCAUCCCAAGUGAGCCACAGAUUGGGAACUCCAGUGGGGCUCAAUGGCCAGUUGCGGGCUAGGAGUUCCCGCCCUUCUUCCUCGCAGUCCACUGAAGGCAUUGAUGGGGGAGGAGGUGGAAAUGGUGGGAACAAUGUCCAUGUCUAGUCACUUUUUUCUUUUGCCUACAAAAUUAUGAGCAUUUCCUGAAAUUAGUGAUUUGGCUAAAUGACAGAAAACUGUGAGACAUGAGGAGGUAGAUUCAGCAAGAAGAGAAAUAGCCUAGCUGUUGCUUUUUUACAAAAAUAAGGAGACUAUUAUGUCCCUACUCAAGAAGCAAUUUUUUAAACAAAAACUUGGGGUUGUGUCCAAUGUAGCAAUAAGGUAAAUCACUUAUUGGUAUACUUAUUGCACUAAUGAAAUAUUUUGCACCAGGAGAAUGUUGUUGUGCAAGAGAAUGUAUAAGCAAGUUGCUGGUAACUUCAUUGCACAAUAGAUUGCCCAAUUUGUUCUGCAAUGAAUUUCCACUAGUGCAACUGUUACGUUGGAUUCUUCUGUCAUGCGACAUUAAAACUCACCUGUCUGCUAGCACAAGAGCCCUUGAAAAUGAUGGACACAGCUUUUGGACUGCAUUCCACCCACUUACCAAGUCUACUGAAAUGGCACAAAUUUUUCUGCUUCAUAGAAGAAAUGAGAAAGCUAGUAAAAGUUCAUCGUCAGCUCACUGACUAAGGCUGCAAUCCUGUACACGCUUACCUGAGAGUCAGCACAACUGAACACAAUGGAAUUUACUUCCAAGUAAACAUGCAUGGGAUUGAACGGUUAGUCAUUGUUUUACAUGGUUGCAUGUAAAUGCCACAUAUGAUACAUUGAGGCUUUCUUUCCCUGGACCCUGUGCUUCCUUCUUUCAAAUAUGUAGUUAGUCCUCUAGAGAAAAAAAUACUAAAUUAUCAAGAUUUAGUUUGCUACAAAAAGUAUAAAAUGUAAGUUUUCCAGUUUUAUUGUGAAUCUUAUCUAUGUAUUCUUAAAGAGGACAGGAUUCUGGAAAUCCUGUAUACUCUUAGUCUUUUAAAGAAAGCGUCGAAAUCAAAGGAUAAAUAGUUGUCAUCUCUGUUUUCAAGAGAAAAGGGUAUUGUAUUAAUUUAUCUUAACCUCUUGCCAAAAAAAGUAACCUCUGUAUCCAUUAUUCAUUACAGAGGUAAAUGAAAGUCAAUCGCACAAUGUCCAGAAUAAUGUUGGGGGAGAAACAUGCUUUUUUCCUUCUUUUUUUAAAGAGGAAGGGCACAGGAAUUUCUGGUUAUUCAAGCAAGCAGUAGCUCUCAAAGGGUGAGACAAGGGCAACUCCUCUCUGUUUUUUUCCACACAGUGUGUUUCCAGAUGUGGGUGAUUUUACAGCACCCAAUUACUGCUGUUCUGCUUCAAGCUAUAAGCAGCAUAGCAACACUGUUUCCAGACAUCUAGAAUCCAAAUGGCAUUCCUGUAGCCAGAUGGGCAGUGCUCAUUUCCCCAACCCCAAAUAUUGGGGGGGGGAGGAGUCAUCAGGACCAUUGCAUGAGGAUGAAAGAGUUAACUACACCCUGCCCCCUCCAGGAUUACCACUAAUAAUGUAAUUGCCCCUGCAUCUCAUGUCUGCAAUUUGGGGAUGGGGAAAGAAACUGAUAUAAGGGCAAUGUAACUUGGAAAGGGUAAGGUUAAAAUGAUAAAGGUUGAUUCCUAGAGAGGAGGGAUAACCAUAGAGAAGGAAAUAGCUGGAGGAAUCUAUGCAGGCCAUAACCCACCAAAACAAAGAUACUGAAUAGCUACAUGAUGGGUCACCUACAUCUGAGGAAAUUGCCCAGAAGCUGCAGGAGGAAAACAUGGGAGGAGGAUGUUGUGCUCAUGACAUCAUGCAGAUGACCUGUAAAAAGUAAGUUAAGAAGUAUGAUUUCCAAUGAAAUCCCAGUGUGGAAGCAGCUUCUGUAGAUGCCAGACUGUCAACCCUCUCCUUUCUGUGCAAUAGUAGUGGUAAUGUGCUCUCCUCUUUUGUUAGUUGAUAAUUAAAGGGACCAUAAGAGGGACUUAGGGUUUUCUUUUUCCUGAAAUGUUUUGUAAGAGAGUCCAAUCCUGUGCCCGUUUAUUCAAAAAUGAGUGUCAUUGAGUUCAGUGGAAUUUAGGCUGCAGCCUUUAUUGUGGUUAAGGAGGCAUGAAAAGUUUUAACCUUAAGGUAGGAAUAUCCACCGUUGUGCCCUCCAGGACCAUUGGCCAUGCUGACUGGGGCUCACGGGUGGUGCAUACAUAUUUGAUAAGAGGCAGUUUGAUGGAGUGUCUGGAGUGCUAGACUUGGCCCAGGAAGAUCUUGGGUUCAGAUCCCUGCCUAAGCUGUGAAACCUACAAUGACCUGCCUCACCUUAUUGUUAUGAGGAUAAAAUGGAUCAUUCUCAUGUAUGCUACCCUCAGGUCUUUGGAGGGAAUGUCGGACACAGCUUACAUUUUUUGACUAAUAUCUCCAUAGCAGUUUUAAUAUCAGCCUUUUUUAUGUUCCCACCAACCUUGAGUCCUACAUCUUGAGCAAUUGGGGACCAAAUAGAAUUCUGAGGAGAUACCUGGUCCUGCCUUCUAUCACGGUGGAUAAUGGAAACUGUCCUGUAGCGAAAGAAGGCUAUGAAAAUGCCACUGCCGUAUCAUCCUGUGAAAUUAAAGAGUUUCAAAAGAAAUAGAUUCCAGAGUGUAGUAUUCACAGGAGAAAGCAAAAGAGCAGAGGGAUUCUGGUCAAAUAUUUCUCAAAGAUUGUGAAGGUUGUUUCAGUAAAAAAGCCCUAACAAGCAGAACAUUCAAUCUGCUUCACCCAACAAUGAAAUUGUCUAGUAAAGAAAACAACAAAAGGACAGUAGCCAUGUUGGCCAGUUAGUAAUAUUGCCAGAUGCAGCUUUACCACCAGCCAACUUUUUCUCUCUCUUCUUCCCUUCUCCCUGGUGUUUACCAUCUAGCCUGGUUAAGAGUUCUGGAGAACUUGAAAGCUUGCACACUAUUCUGUAACAUUUUGGUUGGCCUAAUAAAGGUAUUGCACUAGUGGGGAUUUACCAAAGAGAACAGUGACUUUCCUGAAUAGUUUGUAUUCUUAGGCACUGAUUGUGGUUGGUUUGUGUUGUGGCUCAUAUUAGACAUGAAGCAAAAACUGGAAAAGUUGGGUGGUGAUGUAGUAAGAGCACUUGAAAGGGAGCAAAUCAGAAUACUUGAGAUUUCUGAAAGAUUUUAUGCGGUUACUUUCCAAAAAAACCAACAUGUGUGAGAGUAUGACUUUUAGGGACACAUUCGGUUGGUUCUAUUCCUAGGGACUAGAUGUGUUGAAUAGGGUGCUUCAGUCCACGCUGGUUCUGCUCGACAUGGCAGACAAGGAUCAACAUAAUGGCUCCUACUGGGAGGAAGGGCAGGAUGUAAAUCUAAUAAAAUUUCCCACGGUGCUGAGGGUAUCGGAGAGAAGUUUUUUGCCUUCCAUGUUCUUGCUGCCAAGCUGCAGAGUGGGAAACUGCCAUUGCGACAUGCCUUGAUGUGCUUGUGUUCCUAGUUGUAUUGACAGCCAGCACAAGCAUUCUCUUUCAUUUGCAGCAUGUUAAUACAAUAUAAAGACCAAAAUGUUUGCAUCAUAAUCAUGUUUAUGUAUUGCUUGUAACAUGUUGUUACUUAAUAACAAACUUCAUCUUGAAGUGCUAUAAGAUUUCAUGGGUUGUCCAUGUGUAUUGACAAUGUACAUACAAUUAAUGUAUGACAGCUAAGAUACCUGUUUUUGUAUCCUUUUUAUUUUUCACAAUGUAAAGGUGUAUGUUUUUGAAUUACCACCCAGUUUUUAAGAUAAUGCAUCAUAGCAAAGAUGUUUUAGAAAGCUGUUAAUUAAUUAUACAAGUCUUCCAUAGUGAUCAAUGAUGUAUUGGGUUAAUAGUAAUCACCUCCUCAUCUAAUAAAGAUUUUGUAUGGUUUACAGUA